AUGGGUCUCAAUCACCACUAUCGCUCGGUCUCAACCAACGAUGAAUCGGUUCCGCUCGCUCAGAAGGAGGGACAAUUGAAAUCAGGCUGGGGAAAGCAAUCCAUCCUGCUUUCGCUCGCCACGGGUACCCUGUUUGUUGCCAUUGUCGCGGCCAUCUUGUCAACAGUCUCAUCUGCCGUGGUGAACUACACCUCUUCAGGGGCGGUUUCCACUGCCAGCGCUGAAGCCGUGGCCGCGAGUACGUCCAUCCUCACCUCACCCUCGGCCGGACCGACAGGAUUACUGGACGACGACACAAUAACGAGCACGGACCCGGUCGAUCCCACCUCUGACACUGCGGCGAUCCAGGAUUGUGGAGGUUCGCCUCAGGAGGCUCGAGAUCGGGGGUGUGUUUUUGAUGUCAUGAUGCAGCUUUGGACACCCGCACCCUGCUACGAUGAAAUCCUUUCCAACCGCUUUCUCGAGGUGGGCAACUGGACUUGGUAUGCCGACACUUCCGCCACCAAGACUUACACAUUGGAGGAAAUGAGGAGAGGUGAACACGAUGCAGUCUACGUUGCCCAAGAUUAUCAUGUUACUCACUGCAUCUAUGCUUGGGAAAUGCUGGUGCGUGCCAUGAGAAACCAGGAACCUAUGAUCACCGAAUUGAUCUCUUAUGAUCACGUUAUUCAUUGUCGCCACAAGACUCUUCAGAGAUCGGAUGGAGGAGCUUCCAUUCGUGGCGUGAGAGCGCCCACUGGUUAUACUCAAUGCGCGCCAUAUGAUACCUGGAAAAACAACCUUCCUCCCAACGAGCACUCAACUACCGACUAA